AUGUUGUGGUCCACACCACCCCCGCUCAAGAUCCAAUUAGACCCGACUCGACAAUCUGCAAGUCUCUCUUCACCCGUCGUACCCGUCACAUCUGCAACACCACAGCACACCUAG